UACAGAGCGGAGGAAAGCUUGUUUUGAUGAAAACUCGCUUGUAGCUCGUUUUCUACAUCACUAAGAAAGAAAAGAGGCGUUAAUUGAGUAGUAAAAACAUUUUGCUCGUGAGUUAUUAAUCCGGAAAAGUCGAAUCUGUGAAUAUCUUGCCAACUUUAUCGAAAUCUUUUAGUUCUCACUCCGUUUGCAAAAUGGAGAGACUGACUAUGAGUGACUAUGGAGCUAACCACGGCAUCGUUAACCCGGUCUAUGGAAUACCAGCACCAGCCACGGCGGCCGCACCCGCAACAAGCAUGCACGGACCCCCAGCAAACAUGUUCGAUACCGUCCCUGGAUAUGAAGGAACAGUGGCUGGCGGAGGCGGUGGGUAUCUUCCACCUCCAAUGCCAUCUGUACCGAUGCCUGUGCCUGAACAGGCCCCCAGCCCACCAGACUGGCAUAUACCCUCCAUCUCAGAGGACAGGGCACGUCAAGCUUUCGCAACGUACGUCUCCAGCAAGUGCUGCUAUAGUUCUGCCCCCGUCAGAGAGGGAGUCAUAACCAAUAUGGAGUCCUUUAAUACCUACAGGUAUCGUUUGGAGACGUUCAUGGAGUCCAGAUCUACUGAAUGGAGUCAGGAGCCUUACACAGGUCAGCCUGUGGACGCUGGUGUUCAGCCUGCUCCAGGUCCGUGGCAGAUUGCAGCUCAACCUCCGGCCUUCUUUCAAGAGCACAAGCAGACCAUUAAAGUGCCCUAUACUUCCUCAGUCAAGAACUGUCACGUGUGUCUGGGAAUGGGAAAAACCCCCUGUACCACCUGUGCUGGAGCUGGAAAUAAAGUCUGUAGAGUGUGUAAUGGUUCUGGUUACCGUCAUUCUGAUGACCGCUGCACGCACUGCAAUGGGCGCGGACGUGAAAACUGUAGUUCAUGUAGCGGCAGCGGCUCUUGCCGGUGUGACACCUGCCGUGGAAAGAGACAGCUGCUCGUCUUCAUCAACCUCAAUGUUAAAUGGAGCAUAGAGAAGGAUGAAUUCGUAGCGCAAGAUUCAAGUGGUCUGAGAGGGCAAAAACUGGAGGAGGUUUCAGGGAAGGAGCUCUUCAAAGACGCCCAGAAUAUGGUCUAUCCAGUGAGGGGCUUUCCUGAUGUUUCUGUUGCACAAGCUUCUGAGCGCUUUGUAAGAGACCAUCAGGUGAAAUACGCCCAAAAGUCCCGCAUGUUACAACAGAGGCAGACAAUCGAGCUCAUUGCCAUAACCAAAGUGAACUACAUGUGGAAAGGAAAGCCUAAUGUUUACUAUGUGUAUGGAAAUGAGUUUAAAGUGAACGCUGAUGACUAUCCCGCCACCUGCUGCUGUUCUGUGAUGUAACAUCAAAUACACCUGA